AGAUCCGGAGAGGAAACUCCUCCACCUUUCCUGUUUUGAACUUCACUUCACCCAAAAAAAUCGAACUCAUCCCAGCAUCUGUAAAGUUUUCCCCAACUUUUCCACUGAGUUUUGGAGGCUUCUGUGUAAUUUUGCAUCUGGUGGUUCAUCUCAUCAUCAUCUCCAGCAUCCUCAUCACCUAAUUCAGCCUGUGUUUUCUUUAUUCACGAAUCAACAUGUAUCUGGAGAACAAAAGCAACCUGGAGAUGGAGAUGACUCAGACUUCUGCCUCAGGUCAUCAGUGCAGGAGCAGCCUGAGGCCACCGGAGGCCGUCGCGGGGAACUUCGGAGAGCUACGGCUGCUGCAGGGCAUCUCAGAGAAUGGAGACACCCAGAAGCUCCAGCAGUCGUCCGUCCUUCCCUCCGGACAGUGUGUCAUCCACACAGAGGGCUUUGUUCCUGUUCGUAAGGAGGACAGACACAGCUUCAGCACUGUUAACUUCCUCAGAGGAAAAACAAAUUCUGCAAACAUUUCAGAGCGAUCACCUCUGCUGAGAUUCCCUCAGGAUGAAAGCAUCACAUACAUGACGGUGCAUGAACCCAGCUUUGGAGUGGACGAGCCGUGGGACAGCAGCUCGCUGGACAUUGAGAGACGAUUUCGGCUGGGCAGCGAAGUGGCCAGCCUGACCCGCUCCAACUCCUCUGACAAGACUGAAGCUGUGGAGAAUCUCAGUCUGAGCUUCAGGCUCACAAGCAGCGUCAAAUGCUGCCUCAGAGUUUGCAAAGUUGCAACGAUAUUUGCUAUUGUCGUCCUCUGCAGCCUGUUUUUCAGCAUGUAUCCAGACCGAGACAACCCCUGGAGGAUGUUGGCAGUCUCACCGUCAGACAGUUUCUCGAUGAAUGUGACAGACUUUCGGGAUAAUGCUCUGCUGAAGCUGCAGGUGGCAGGGCCCUUUGCAGGAGGGAUGAUAGACCUUAGCACCCAGGAGUACAUCUUGAUCCAAGUGGAGCAGACUGAGGAGCCGGGACAACGGAGGAGGAGAACUCAACAGGUGAUUUAUAACUGGACCGUUCCUUUACAUGCUGAACGGAGUCUCCAGAGGGUGGUAACUAAAACCUUUGAGAUGCUCAGCAGUGACCCCAUCGCCAUCACAAUCCAGGCCUUCCUGCAGGACACUGAAGUGGUGCCGUUGUCCAUGACCCAUCAAUCGCUCUACGUCACCAUGGAAACCCAGGUGGCCAUUGCAGGAAUCAUUCUGUGUGGGGUCUACAUUCUCAUCAUCUUUGAGAUUGUUCACCGCACCCUGGCUGCAAUGUUGGGAUCCUUAGCUGCCUUAGCUGCUUUGGCCGUUAUUGGUAAUCGACCCAGUCUGGUUACUGUGGUGGAGUGGAUCGACUACGAGACUCUGGCUCUCCUGUUUGGCAUGAUGGUGCUGGUGGCCAUUUUUUCUGAAACCGGCUUCUUUGAUUACUGUGCCGUGAAGGCUUACCAGUUGUCUCGAGGAAGAGUGUGGCCAAUGAUCAUCAUCCUCUGUCUGAUCGCAGCCAUUCUGUCAGCAUUUCUGGACAAUGUGACCACCAUGAUGCUCUUCACUCCAGUCACAAUAAGGUUGUGCGAGGUGCUUAAUCUAGACCCCAGACAUGUUCUGAUUGCAGAAGUAAUCUUCACCAACAUUGGAGGGGCCGCCACAGCUGUCGGAGAUCCACCCAACGUGAUUAUAGUUUCAAACCAGGGCCUGCGCAGAGAAGGGAUCGACUUUGCCAGCUUUACAGGCUACAUGUUCCUUGGAAUUUGCCUCGUUCUUUUGACCUCCUUUCCUUUUCUGCGGCUGCUCUACUGGAACAAAAAACUUUACAACAAAGAAUCGAUUGAAAUAGUUGAACUCAAGCACGAGAUCCUGGUUUGGAGGCAGACGGCCCAGCGCAUCAACCCUGCCAGCCGAGAGGAAACAGCUGUCAAAUGCCUUCUGAUGCAAAAAGUGCUCACUCUGGAAAAUCUGCUUCGGAAAAUGAUGAAGACAUUUCAAAGACAAAUUUCUCAGGAGGAUAAAAAUUGGGAGCAAAACAUUCAGGAGCUACAAAAGAAGCACAGGAUAACCGACAGGGUCCUGUUGGUGAAGUGUGUCUCCGUCCUUGUUGUGGUGAUAUUUGUGUUCUUUCUCAACUCCUUCAUUCCCAGCAUUCAUCUGGAUCUUGGGUGGAUUGCCAUCCUGGGUGCCCUUUGGCUUCUGGUUCUGGCCGACAUCCAGGACUUUGAGAUCAUCUUGCACCGGGUGGAAUGGGCCACACUCUUGUUUUUUGCCGGUCUCUUUGUUUUGAUGGAGGCAAUAGCUCAGCUGCAGCUCAUCGAUUUCAUUGGUGAGCAAACGGCGCUUCUGAUAAAAGCGGUGCCAGAAGACCAGCGGCUUGCCAUUGCAAUCAUUUUAGUGAUGUGGGUCUCUGCUCUGGCUUCCUCUCUCAUCGACAACAUUCCCUUCACUGCCACCAUGAUUCCAGUUCUCAUUAACCUGAGUCAGGACUCUGAUGUGAACCUUCCAGUAAAACCUCUCAUCUUUGCCUUGGCCAUGGGAGCCUGUCUUGGGGGAAACGGUACGCUGAUCGGAGCAUCAGCCAAUGUUGUUUGUGCAGGAAUCGCUGAACAACACGGAUAUGGCUUUUCCUUUAUGGAGUUCUUCAAGUUGGGGUUCCCCAUGAUGAUAAUGACAUGUAUGAUCGCCAUGUGCUACCUGCUGGCCACUCACGUCGGCCUUGGCUGGAACAUGUGAACCCAGCUGCUGCUCAGAGCCAAAGUGUGUGUGUGUGUGUGUAUGGGUGCGUGAGCGUGCACGUGGCCAAUGCAACAGCCUCAGCUCACUGUAACAUGCUGUGUAACCUGAGAAACUGAUCAGAUUACAGCAUGAGGCACUGUAACUACAUUUUUAUAAGCAUGGAGCGGCGCUCCCAGUGAAGUGUGGACCAUCAGGGACCAGAUGCAAAGGAGUCUUGACAAAAAUGACUAAUUCCACACUGGUGUUCAUGGUGCUACAGUCAGUGAUUACAGCGAUAAUCUCUGACCCCAUUCUUAUUCAGACUUAGAGGAUCUGUUCAUACGAAAAGCAGAUUAUCUUUUCUUUAUCUUCACACAUUUAGAAUCCCUUUAAUAUUAAAAAAAGACCAACAGAAAGGGAUUUUUUAAAACAACUAAUGUCUGUAUUUCUUAAUUAGAUCCCCGGUUAAAAAUAAGCAUAAAUUAAACUUGACUCAUAAACUGACUUACUCUAGUUAGUCAUGCUAAGUACAGAAGGAGUCAUUCAUCAUGAAAACAGCUGUAAAUGAGAUGAACAGCUGUUUGACAUUACAAAUUUAAAUCUGUUUUCUGUAUUAACUCUACCCCCUGCUGAAUGUAACAUUCAGUCACUUUCAUGAACAAUAAAGACUGUCAUGUCGCUGGACUUUAUUGUA